AUGUCACCAAUAGAUGGCGUUGUAAUCAUUGACCCAAACUAUCACAAACAUCGAAAGGUUUACGCUGUUGUAGCCCGAACAUUUCGCUAUGGCCGAGAAGACCAAGAGAUUAUGGGCCUCACCUUUUACACCGAAGAUAUUAUGGAUAUUAAACAGGUGUAUCCACCAAAAGAACUAGACCAGGAGUUAACGCCUCUACAAGAAAGACUGAUAAACAAAUUCGGUAAAAAUUCGUAUCCAGUCACUCUGAAAAUACCGCCCCGGGCACUACCUUCGGUGCGAUUACAGCUAGCUAAGGUGUACGCAGGGGCUCCACUUGGAGUUUUCUAUGAACUUAAGUUAUUCACAGCUUCUGAACCAGAAGAGAAGCCAUACAGGAGGAGCACUGUUCGAAUGGCACUUCGAUGUGUUCAUUGCAUUCCUGUCCAGUCAUUCAACUCACUUGCGCCACCCAGCGCCUCACUUUGUAAAACUUUUAUUCUGAGCCAGGGUAAACUCGUGCUCGACGUUAUCUUAGACCGGGACGUUUAUCACCAUGGAGACAUUAUGCACGUGCAUGUGACAAUUGAUAACAACAGCAACAAGACUGUUAAAAAAAUUAAAGUCUACGUCAUACAGCACGUGCAUAUUCGCAUGUUUACGAAGGGUUAUUUCAAAAAUCUCGUCAGUUUUGCUGAAACAAAAAAUGGACUUCCUAUUUUGCCUGGAGUCAGCUUAUCACGUGACUUCUUCUUUAAACUGACAAGUUUUUUCAAGUAUCCAGUUGCUAUUGCAGUGGAAGGUGAAAACGAUGACGUCACAAUUCUGGCCUCGAGCUCUUUAAAUUCUCCACAGAAAGAAGAUAAUACCUAUGGAAUAACAGUAAUAUACACGAUCAAAGUUAAGGCUGUUCUUGGUUUUAUGGACCGGCCUGUUGUUGUUCGCAUUCCCUUUCGGAUUUGCAACUAUAUAGCAGGAAAAAAUGGUACCAUAAGUUCGAGCCUCAAGCACCAGACGGCGUUCAGUAAGGAAUUGGAUGAUGAUGAUGAUGAGAAUGUUUCUAGUCAAAUUUUUUUCCAAGAAUAA